GAAUGGUGAUGAAGAUCGGAGAACGGAGACCGCAGACCGGAGACCGAAGGUUCUGAGACCCGGAGACCAGGUGCAGAGUCGCGAGCCUUGCAGUUACGAGGAGCUAGCCGCGGCAAGCGGAGCGCACAAAUCCAUCCGACUCCAGAAGCCAGCCCGUUUGUAAACGCCACCCAGCCACAAGAAUAUCGUAAUCUUCGUAAGAAAGCCGACGAAGUAGUUGUGGGAUCGGAACGGAUCGGAUCGGAGGCCAGAACCUAAACCAAAACCGAAGAUAAGGAAGGCGUUACAAUGCUGAACACCUUCAGUUCGGUGAGGCAGUACCUCAAGUUCGAUCUCACGCGGGUGAUCAUCGACAAUAUAGUGUUCAAGCUGCACUAUCGAUGGACCUUCGUAAUACUCCUGGUGGCCACGCUCCUGAUCACGUCCCGCCAGUACAUCGGGGAGCACAUCCAGUGCCUGUCCGACGGCGUCGUGUCUCCGGUCAUCAACACCUUCUGCUUCUUCACGCCCACCUUCACAGUGGUGCGUGACCAGAACCAGACAGCCUACAAGCCGGGCAGUGAGCCACCGGGAAUAGGGGCGUUUGAUCCGGAAACGGACAAGAUCAAGCGGCAUGCAUACUACCAGUGGGUGCCCUUCGUCCUGUUCUUCCAGGCGCUCUGCUUCUACAUUCCCCACUUCCUGUGGAAGAGCUGGGAGGGCGGCCGGAUCAAGGCCCUGGUCUUUGGCCUUCGAAUGGUGGGUCUGACCAGGUACCUGAAGAACGACAGUCUGCGCAUCGGCAAGCUGAACAUACCCUCGAUGGCGGAGGCGGAGGAGCGCGUCAAGGACAUACGUCGCACUAUGAUCGACAGGAUGCGGCUGAACCAAUCGUGGGGCGCGCACUUGGUCUUCGCGGAGGUGCUCAAUCUGGUGAAUCUUCUCGUGCAGAUUACAUGGACCAACCGCUUUUUGGGCGGCCAAUUCCUUACACUGGGACCACAUGCCCUGAAGAACCGGUGGUCCAAUGAGAUGAGCGUGCUGGACCUAGUCUUCCCGAAGGUCACCAAGUGCAAGUUCCACAAAUUUGGUGACUCUGGCUCCAUUCAGGUGCACGAUGCCCUCUGUGUGAUGGCGCUGAACAUCAUGAACGAGAAGAUCUACACCAUUUUGUGGUUCUGGUACGCCUUCCUCCUGGUCGUCACAGUUCUGGGACUGCUGUGGCGAGUCUUCACCCUGUGCUUCUACAGAAAUGUCACCUUUACCCGCUGGUCUCUCUAUUGGGCAAAGCCCGGCCAACUGGACGAGAAGGAAAUAUCGGCGGUGAUUGACAAGUGCAACUUCUCCAACUGGAUGUUCCUGUUCUUCCUGCGCACCAACCUCUCGGAGUUCCUGUUCAAGAAGGUCAUCUAUCACCUGGCCAGCGAGUUCCCCAAUCCCGAUCACGAUAACGAUAUCAACGCCUAUCGCGAGGCACCGCCCACGCCGCCCAAGAACCGUUAUCCGGACAUCAGUAGCCUGGACACGGUGGACUCGCCCCUCUUGCACCUUCGACACAAUGCCACGCCCUCUGCCGGCGGUACAGCGCCGCCCACUGGAGCGCAAGGGCCAACGACUUCGGAUAUGGCCAAGCUGCCUGUAUAAUUUAUGCAUUUCAAUUAACGCUAGGCAAUUAAUUAUUGGAGCUUUGUCUUGUUUACACCUGUUUUUUUUUUUGUUUAUAUAUGAUCAUUUCAUUUUAAAUAUAUUUAUUAUUAAGAGA